GACAGAUACUUGCUGCAGCAGCGACUCUGCUGCCGAUGAAAUAGCCGAUCGAAACUAACCACCCUAAGGUUUUAUCUUAAGUGCAUAACCAUCUCAUCAAGCCUUACAAGAUGUCGUUCGCAAAAGGAAAUAUGCUGGUUCGUUCCUUGAGCACGUCGGCCGCAGUUGGUCAGCUUGUCAAAGCUCCUGUCCAAGUUUUUGGUUUGGAAGGCAGAUACGCGUCAGCUUUAUAUUCUGCCGCUUCCAAAAAUAAGACCUUGGAUACAGUUGAAAAGGAAUUGACCAAUUUCCAAAAGUCAAUCAAAACUGAUCCUAAACUUAAGGAGUUCCUUGUGAACCCAACACUCAAGAGGAAUCUGAAGGCUGAAGCUCUGAAGAAUGUUGCUAGCCAGAUUAAACUGUCCCCCACCACUGGUAACUUGCUUGCUCUCAUGGCUGAAAAUGGCCGCCUGGGAAAAUUGGAAGUAGUCAUCAAUGCAUUCAAGAUCAUGAUGGCCGCCCACCGUGGAGAGGUAACCUGUGAGGUUGUUACUGCCAAGCCCCUUGAUCAGGCCCAGAGACAAAACUUGGAAGCUGCUCUCAAGAAAUUCUUGAAAUCCAAUGAAACUCUUCAGCUUACUGCUAAAGUCGACCCUGCUUUGAUUGGAGGUAUGGUUGUCUCUAUUGGAGACAAGUAUGUUGACAUGAGUGUCGCCAGCAAAGUGAAGAAAUACACUGAGCUCAUCAGUGCUGCAGUUUAAAUUUUGAUCAUGAAGUACUGUAUGUCUUUAGAGAAGAAUAACCUUAAUAUUUAAAUCAGUUACACAUUAGAAA